AUGAGCCCUUCUCCAGCCCCAGAGAGAGAAACCAUCACCAUCGAAGUCCACGGCCUGAAAGCAAAGUUCUAUCUAAACCGUCCAGAAGAGGACCUUAUCCCAGCUCACUAUCUCCAAAAGGCGGAACAAACCCCCUCCACCAACCGCCCAAUCUGGCUCUUCCGAGGCCGCGAAGACGCCCGCAACGUCAACCUCAACAAGUGGCCCACCGUAGACACCCGCUUCCGGGGCGUCUACAAGACGCUGAAGAAGGUGCCGGCGCAGUUUGCCAAUGGGAUAUAUGGGGAUAGUGGCCAUGGACAACCGACGUCCUCCUCCUCUUCCACCCCAUCGUCUAGGAUCAACUUCACAGAUGCAGCAAAAGCACAAGGCCAAGUCGUGUAUGCGCUUCUGCAUGAGGUUAUGGAUAUGAUGAGGAUUGGGCGUAGGAUGGGGGACGCGUCCUUUGUGCUUCGACCGCGCCUAUUCAACUGCAAACUCGAAUACUGGACUGGAUACCGCGAGAGAUACACCGACGGGCCGCGCACAGCUGGCUUACUCUGUCUAGACGAACUUCCCGAGACGGGGCUUGUGCGGGCUGUUGUUCCUAUAUCAUCGACCCAAUCCGAAGCCCCCACCCUCCCCCAAACCCUCACCAACGAAUUCAAGCUCCUCCUCUCCCAACUCCUCAUCCACAUCCACCACCUCUACCCCCCCGGCGACCAGAUCCCCUCCCAAGAAGUCUACCUCAUCAGCCAACACGGGCCCAAACUGCACCUGCUGCGGGGGAUCUUCCCAGGCUACAAGACGUCCAGACUGUGGAGUGGGCGGUACAACCAAGCUGUCUCAGCCAGCUCGACAGGCGCAAACCCAACCCACCACUUCGUGUCCACCACCAUCCCAGAAAGCCGUCACUAUGCCGGGGCGAACAUGGAGCGCGUGAGGCAGGAGCUGGAGUGGAUGGCGCUGUGCUGUGCGGCGGGGGAUGAGGAGGAGCCUGAUGCGAGGACUUUCCGCGUACUAGGGAGUAGGGAGUUUGAUUUAGAGAAGGAGAAACGGAAACAGGAGAAGGAGAAUGAGGAGAUAGAGAAUAAGGAGAAGGAAAAGAGGAAGAUUGCUGACGAGGAAAAGAAGAACCUAGAGACAGUGGAGAGGCCAGCGCGCGAGGAGGUUCAAGAGAGAGAUGCGAUUCGUCAGUCGUGGUGGGAUUGGGUGUGGGAGGAGGGACAAGGAGAUUGGAUUCCUGAGGAUGAGGAUGAUGUUAUUAUCAAUGGGCUUUGA